GGCUUAGUCAUGCAGCCCACACAAGUGCGCGCAACUUUGAGAUUUACGAAAUUCCGUCCCUCUUAACAACAAUCCCCAACAUCCAACCUCGAAAAACUACUAACCCUCACAGCACAAGUCAACCGAGAGUUCUCAAGAAAGCGACAAACAACCGCCACCAUGAGAACUUACGACGACAGCUUCUCCGGUCAGAGGAUCUACCCUGGCAAGGGUAAGCUCUACGUCCGAGGCGACAGCAAGAUCUUCCGAUUCCAGAACGGCAAGUCCGAGUCGCUCUUCCUACAGCGAAAGAACCCCCGCCGACUCGCAUGGACCGUCCUCUACCGACGACAACACCGCAAGGGUAUCUCUGAGGAAGUCGCCAAGAAGCGCACGCGCCGCACCGUCAAGUCCCAGCGAGCCAUCGUCGGCGCCUCCCUCGAUGUGAUCAAGGAGAAGCGAUCGAUGCGCCCCGAGGCCCGCUCCGCCGCCCGCGCCCAGGCCAUCAAGGAGUCCAAGGAGAAGAAGGCCGCCGCCGCCGCCGCCAAGAAGUCCGAGAAGGCCAAGAAGGCUACCACCGCCGCCAAGGGCCAGACCCAGCGCAUCGUCGGCAAGCAGGGCGCCCGAGGUGCCCAGCCCAAGGUCCAGGCCACCACCCGUUAAAAGAGCCACUUUGCUCCCUUCCUCCUCCUCCACCUCAUCUGUAGGGUUUAAGGGUUCUUAUGGUUUUUUUAUUAUCGGUUCGGGUUUUUUUUUGCUGCUACGCUAGGUCAAGGGUUCCCAGGGUGUGAAAGGGGAGGUGGUCUUUUUUUAAGAAGUGAUGAGGACAGAAGACAGAAAGGGAAAAGAUGAAGAGAAAAGGGAUCAGUCAUGAUCAUACAUAUCAUAGCAUGGCAUGGCAUUCUCUC